AAUAAUAGCUGCCUGAAAAUUUUAACGUCCAUUCUGCGAGGAAACAAACAGAGACCAAAGGUAAAUUAUUUAAAAGAAAAGAAAUUAAGGAUCGCAAUUUACAAACAGGAGCAAUGCCAUGGGGUUCUUCCGUUAGGGCUUUUGCGAGACUUCGAGUGAGGGUGGAGAAGGGGAGACAGAAGGGAUCUUCAGAGGGUUCACCAUUUAGACCAGUGAAAAAGUUGGCAACCAAGGGAGCGUUCAGGGUUCAAUCAACAUAUAUACUGCCUUAACCCUGGAAGAUUUCAAGAUUUGAACUGCCAAGGAUGAAUCUUGAACUAGCUAUAUAGUCUCUUCUGCCAAUUGAUUUGAUCCUGGUUGUACUGAGGAAGAGAUGGGGACUAGUCUUGAAAACAAGCUGUACACUGGGAAGUCAAACCCAGGUAAAGGUGUGCUAAAUGGCAGCAAUGUUGGAGAAUAUGAAAAUCCUUUGCGUGACCGGCUUAUUUAUUUGACAAUGUGUCUUAUUGGAUAUCGUGUGGAAGUCCAGUUGAAAAAUGGAUCUAUAUAUUCUGGGAUAUUUCAUGCAACAAACGCUGAAAAUGAUUUUGGAAUUAUCCUGAAAAUGGCUAGGUUAACCAAGGAUUGCUCAUUCAAAGGACAGAAGCCAAUAUCUGAUUCUACUAGCAAGGCUCCUUCAAAGACUCUGAUCAUACCUGCUAAAGAACUUGUACAAGUUAUAGCAAAGGGUGUGCCAUUGACCUGGGAUGGUUUGACAAGUGGGGUCCAACGUGAAAGGCGGCAAGAUAUUAUGACAGACUCUUUAAUAUCACAAUCUCAGGUUGUUGAGGUAGAGAGAGAGCUGGAGCACUGGACUCCUGAUGAAGAUGGUCCACAGUGCCCUGAGUUGGAGAGUAUAUUUGAUAACCCUUGGAAUAGGAAUUGGGAUCAGUUUGAAGCUAACAAAUCAUUAUUUGGAGUAAAGAGCACCUUUAAUGAGGAAUUUUAUACCACAAAACUUGAGAGAGGUCCUCAUAUGAGAGAAUUGGAAAGGGAAGCUACAAGAAUAGCAAGAGAAAUCGAGAAUGAAGAAACUCAUGAUCUUCAUUUAGCUGAGGAAAGAGGCCUUAACUUUCAUGAUGACUAUGAUGAGGAGGCCAGGUUCUCAUCAGUACUCAGGGGGGUUGAUGAUAGUGGAUAUGAAGAAAGUGAGGACUCAGCAUUGGAUUCACAUAAUUCUGAUACCUUUGGAGCUUCUUCUGGAUCUGUCAUUAGCAGGUCCUUUUCAGAUGUGGUCAGAGGAAAGACCAAUGAUGGAACUCAUGCAUCAUCAAGCUCUUCAUUAAUGGAUGAAGCCCAAUUUACUCAAUUAAAUACUGGCAGGGAUUUAUGCCAUUUUGGAUCUGGUGACCUUGCCAAACAGUUGCCUUCAGAUUUUGUUUCAAAGAGCUUCACUGCUUUGGAAGGAGAAAACAGGUUGCAUGAGAACCGGUUCAGAGAACAGAAUAGUGGAAAUAAUUUCCCGAAGGACUUUGAGGAAAGGAAAAAUGUCAGUGAGGAGGUGCAGCCUUCAAAACUAGAGGAUGCCCAAUCAACACUGAACUUGAAGAAAGCUAUUUCUGAUAAAGGGGGGUUAUCUCCCAGUGCCACAGCAUAUGAUCCUUCAUCUUCUCUUCACUCAAAGGGGCAAGAUUGCGAGAUUCCUUUUGGCAAAGCAUCAGAUUCUACAGCCAAAGAACAUGAUGCAACUCAACCUGUAAACUCUCAAGGACGACCUGGUAGUUCUACAUCUUCAACUUCAGAAUGUGUAGGUGGAACUUCAGCUUUAAGUGGUCCUGGUUUGCCUCCAACCUCAUCCAUGGGAUCAUUGUCUUUAGGGAAGUCCACAUUAAAUCCCCAUGCCAAGGAAUUCAAGCUCAAUCCCAAUGCAAAGAGUUUCAUCCCAUCUCAAACACCUUUAAGGCCUUCUUCUCCAGGAGCUGAAGGUUCCUUUUACCUCCCACCGAAUGCUACUGCUGUCCAACAUAUACACGGUUUACCAGUGGGCAUUGGGAUUCAACCCUCAUUUGGACACCAGCCUGUUAUUUACAAUCCACAGACUGCAUCUAUACAAUCACCUCAGGCAUAUAUCCAUCCAAGUGCACCAGUGUAUGGGCAGCAGAUGAUUCUUGGCCACCCUAGACAAUUUUUGUACAUGCCAAGCUACCCUCAUGAAAUGCCAUACAAAGGAAGCGAUUUCUAACCACUUGAGCUUGGUAAUGCAUUCUCAGUGGCUGUAGGUGCUUGUAAAUAACACCAUUCUGAGAGAUGAGACAAAAUUUUAUCACAGAAACCCAAUGUCUCAGUGUUCAAUGUGAAGAUUCUGUAGCACCUUCUAAAAGCCAUAGGAAGGUUAGAUGCUUCAAAUAUCAAUUUGAUUUUGUAUUUGUAUUCUCCAAAAAGAAGAAAAAAAGGAAUUUUGUAUUUGUAUAAUUUAAGUUACUAUUAAGAAGUAUUAGUGUAAGACGUCUGCAAGUGGAAAGGCAAAUUGAGCACGAUUCGGCCUAGUACUUUGGUGGGUUUAA